UCCCCUAAAACCGGGUUUAUCACGAAAUAAACAUUGAAUAGUAACGACGUCACAGAAUGUGUCACAGUUACAUAAUGUACCGUUUUUGUACGUACCUUACGCAAUAACAAACUCUUCAUUCUUACCUCAUUCCAUCAUGCAGAAUAAAUGUAACUUUUAAUAAUUUGUACACUGCAUAAUGUAUAAUUAUCAUUUAAACAUGCUUGAUGACAUGUGUGUAUUGUUGUUGGCGUUCAUGUUAUAUUCAUGGUCGUAUUUGAUCACCUACUUAACUUGUAAUCAGGCUUUGAAUCAUCGAUUUAACUUUGAUAUGCAAUCAUUCUAACGGUUUGAUUUCCAGUUAAACAAAGAAGGAAAUCAAGCUCUGUAUAUUAUACAGUUAUUGACUUAUGUUCCUGUCAAUGUGUUUUCACGCUGUGUAUUAAGAGUGAGGAUGCGUGUACACCGUGAUGCUGUGUAUGUUUGUUAAAUGUCUUUGUUGUCUGUCUAUACAACCUCCCUGUUCUAGGAACGUUACUAUCACUUUUUGAUCAUUCCGUUUACAAUGUCAUGUAUCAGCUAAUGAACCAGCGCGACUAUGAGUUCAUAUACGAGUACAUCAGCGCCAUUUUUAUUUAAAAACCCUCAGGGGAAAUUUAUAGAGAUCUGUAACUUAUAAAACCCAAAGAUUUCAACAUAGGAAAUUUUGAAUAUGGUAAUGUACAAGUUUCUUUUCUACAACUGCUUUUUUAUUCAAGGUAUCUUGUAUUGUCAUAGCUUUCCUACCACCACCUUUGAAGCAUCACAGUGACCUAAAAUGAUGUUCAAUAUAUAUAGAUAGUAAAAUUUGAAAGAUAGUGUCGUAAAACUAUUCCAUCGAACUCCUGAGCUAACUAACUGGCAUCAAAUUAUACAUACAGACAUUGCAAAAAUGCAACCUUAGACUUUGACGGAAGUUUAAGUGAUUUGUAUCUUCGAUAUACCUUUCCUGUUGUUCUUUUGUCCUUGUUUGUUUUUUUUGCUGGUAGAAAGUGGAUCAAGAGCCUACAUCUAUACCCAAACGCAAAAGUGUGUACGUUUCUUUUUAUGAUAACUAUAGUUAUAUCGGUUAUCACGCCUGUCACUGUGUUGAACAAUGGCUUUAAAUGUUAUGUAAUGUCCCUAUACAAGUGUUGUUUUUUUGUUGUUGUUUUUUUUUUUUUUUUUGCAUUAUUUGACCGUCUGGACAAAUGUGAAAUCGGUCAACUAAUCUCUCAACACUUUCUUACAACUUCUAGGAGUAAGAAAAACACAAAACGAUUUGAAUAUUUUCAACUUAAACUCGCAAUGUCCAGACCCUCGAUGCUUAGCAGAGGUGACUCCGUCGAUAAUGUUCAUGGGAAUUUAAUAGCCACAGAAACACAGAGAGUAAAUUUCGUACUAGGUUCCAGCAAACAGGAACAUCGAUCGUCCCUCGUAUAACUAACGUCAGAUAAGACCGUCAAUUUGAACUGACGCACACCAGGCGUCGUUUCCAAAGUACUACCGUUACAGCGAGCAGUACAGUAUUAGCAGGGACACCGUUCUGAAGCGCCACGUCAUUGUGUUCGGCCUAUCAGACCAAGACGAGCUUACGUUGUUAUUGUGGUCGUACGACGUCAUUGCGUUGCUCGUUGGCAAAGACGUCAUUGGGAUAGAAUUGUCUUUUCCGAUAAGUCAUCAUGACGGGAGGAUGAGGGUAUUGCAGACGCAUGUGUUGUAGAGAGAAACAUGUUUGGCGGAGGCAGUGUUAUAUAAUGGUCUGGGGCGGGAUCAUGGGAACAGGAAAACUGAUCUUAUGCCGAUGUUAAUGGCAAUCUUAAUGCAGCCGAGUACAUUAACCAGGUGUUAAGACCAGUAGCUGUUCCAUUCAUUAAUCAACAUGACCCCGCCACAUUGAUGCACGACAAUGUUCGUCCGCAUACGACACGGCUAACGCAGCAAUGGCGUUAACGUCUUGCCUUGGCCUGCCGUUUCUCCUGACCACAACCCAGUCGAGCAUAUUUGGGAUCCUCUUGGUUGUAGAGUUAGGUCAAGACAUGUCGUUAACAAUUUGCAGGAGCUACAAAAUUCUCUGCAGAUCGAACGGAACAACAUUCCAGUACACGUCGUAUAACGUUACGUCAAUUCCAUGAGACGCCGUAUUGUACAGGUUAUCGGACAAACUGGUGGUCAUACCCGGUAUUGAUCAAAUAAUCACACUAAAAAAAAAACAUUUAGAGAGAUGCAAUACGUGAUUAUACUCACAAUAACACCAAUAUCACAGUUUGCGUAUUUUUCAUUUUGACCCUAAUUGACACAUGUAAUCGAAUUCUGUGCAUCUAUAGAAACCGCUACUUUUUUUUUUUUGAAGAAAGAUUACUUGAUUUGUAGGCAACUGAAUAAGCUAAACAGUGGUACCAAACAUCGUAAUUAUAAUUUCUAUUGUGGAUAUCAGGCAAACUAAGAAAAACCUCUAAGCACACUUUCUUUUCCGUUUUAGUAUAUUUAUAAUGGAAUGCAAAACCAAUCUUAUCACUAAAGAAAAAGAGUAUUAUCAGCUCACCAUUUAUUCCUGACUUAUUGAUAAGGUUUCGGAAUACAAGUACAAUGCGUCUUGCAAAUUUUCUUACUUGUCACAUUGUUGUCCUGGUUUGCUUCUGUCUGAAACCUGUUCAGGCAAACAACGAAGCAACUUCUCAGACAAAUGAAGCUGACAAAUUCGAGGUACUCUUACAACGGAUAGAACUUCUGGAACGCAGGAAUGACGAAACGGAGAAGAAAAUGGAACAAAUGCAACACGACUUUACUUUGGAAAAAAGGUCUCUGACAGAUCGAAUUGCUGAACUGGAAAAGUUAGAAAACUUAAGAAACGGCGAUAUCGCUCACACUAACGUUCCUGACAGGCGACAUGACGUGCCACAAGAUGAGGAGAAGUUCAAGGAUGAAAGUAUUGACCAAGAUCCUGGGUUGAAACAAACUCGUAUAAACAAGUCAGGUUCUGCAAGAGUACGACGUGCUUCUGUUGAGUCAGAGGCAGCUUUCUUUGCCACGAUUACACCGCAUGACAUACAACACUUGGGUGAAAAUCAGAACAUUGUAUUUGAUAACGCAGUUACCAACAUUGGCAAUGCCUAUCAUACUAACCAUGGCAUAUUCACAGCCCCUGUUGACGGCACGUAUGUAUUUUGCGCUACUGUUGCUGGGCGCCAUUAUACAGAUGGUAAAGAUUACUACGCACAUUUUGACGUAAAUGGAAAAUCAGUUGCUAACUUCAUCGCAUAUCCUAAUGAGCAAUCAACACAGAUGAUCAUUGUAAACCUUCAAUCGGGCGACGACGUGUCUGUAAAAAACAACCGAGCAGACGACCAUAUUCUUGGGGCAACGUGGACGUCGUUUUCCGGAUUCUUACUUUAUCAGAAUUUCGUUUCCUCAACAAAUGUACUCGGCUAAUAAACAAUAAAUAGUUCCCAUUGA